AUGGAUGAAGUAAGGCUGGCGCAAAGUUCUCUUUUUAAAAAUUUCAUUCGGAUGUCACCUACUGAUUUUGAAUUACUUUUGACGCUGGUUGGCCCAAUAAUAUGUAAAAGAAACACCUAUUUUCGUGAAGCGAGUGGAGAUAGCUUCGCGAGUUUAAUGUACACUUUUAAAGUUUCAACCCCAAGUAUCUCUCGCAUAAUAAAAGAUGUAGCUCUAGCUGUUGUGAAAGUUCUACAGGAAUAUGUACAGCUUCCUACCUCAGAAGAAAAAUGGUUGGAAAUUGCUCAACAGUUUCAAGAAAGGUGGCAUUUCCCACAUUGUCUGGGUGCCCUUGACGGGAAACACGUUGUAAUUCAAUGCCCCCCAAAUUCUGGAAGUUCUUAUUACAACUACAAAGGAACAUUUAGUAUAGUUCUCUUUGCACUUGUUGAUGCUAAUUAUUGUUUUCGAUACGUAAAUGUGGGACGACCAGGACGAAUGUCUGAUGGAGGGGUUUUUCUUGAUAGCUUUUUGUAUACAGCAAUAAGAGAUGGUGUACUCAAUUUACCAGAGCAAAAAAAUUUACCUGGAACUGAUAUUCUUCUACCAUACGUCUUUGUCGCAGACGAUGCGUUUCCAUUAACAAAACAUAUUCAAAAACCUUAUGUAACUGAUUUGCUGAAAGGAUCCCCUAAAAGAGUUUUUAAUUAUCGAUUGUCACGAGCUCGGCGUAUAGUAGAAAAUGCUUUUGGAUUACUAAGAUCAGUUUUUAGAAUUUUUCGAACACCGACUGAACUGAAGACGGAUACCAUUGAAGAAGUGGUGCUUGCAUGUGUUUGCAUCCACAAUUUUUUGCGACAAAGUCGUCAAUCACGUCACCUUUAUUGCCCUCCAUGUACUCUCGACUCUGACGUAGAUGGAAAUUUGGUACACGGAAAAUGGAGAAAAGACAUUGCAGGCGACACUGGAAUUACAAACCUUGCAAAGACGGGAGGAAAUGCCACAAGAGAAGCAAAAGAAAUAAGAGACGGUUUUAUGAAAUACUUUAUGUCUCAUGAAGGUUCUCUUUCUUUUACUCACAAUUGGUCCAAAAAGUCAUAA